AUGGGCAGGAAACCCAAUCCUCUGAUUGUGGAGUACUUUCAGCGCGGUGCAAAGAUCGGCGAUGCGUCCAACCGCUACGAACACACCUGCAAAUUAUGUGGUGAACUUUUCCCCAAAGGUCGAAUCGACAGCCUUACUGCGCAUCUGACCAAGAAAUGCACUGCAUUGUCUAUGGCCGAUAGGACCAAGAUUGUACUUCGCCUUCACGAUCUUGCUGAUCCCACUGCUCCUCCGGAAACAAUCAAUGGUUCAAAAGAUGGAAAUCAGGUGGAAGGAGGAAAUACCCUGAGCCUACCAUUUUCUCCCACCAAACAACAAAACUUCAAUGCUCUCAAUGUUCUUGCAGAAGCUUCGCGUCGUGUUGGUGGUGAUGGCCCUGCCGCAUCUGGCUACACGGCUGCAGAACAGAUCCAUCAUCACGAACAGACACACAAUCUUCCACUUGACCCUCAGCUCGAGAUCGACUCCUUUGCACAGCAAUUGUUGGAAUCAACAGAUGACGGUAUCAAUGGAAGAAUCAAUGGAUUUCCUGCAACUACUGGAACCAGCCUCCCACCACUCUUCUCCUUCAUGACGAAUGGUCCACCAGUGACUCAAGAGGAACUUGGCCUCCCACUAGUCUCCACCAUCCCCUCAGAUCUUAGCACAAUUGCUGCAUCGGCCAACGAGACACUUGCUAAUGGUGUCAUGGACCAUGAUCUUGAUGUUUCUCACGACGAUGUCUCUUCUGCCAUUCUGGAUGGCCUCCAUGACCAUGCUUUCGUAAAUGACCGAACUCCAUUCAAUUGGACAAAUGCACCUGCUCCAAUCCUCAUUAAUCAGAACGAGCUACCCCCACAGCCUCAUCCUGAACCUGUUCACAAUACAGAAGAACGCUCAGUACAAGUUCUGCGGCCGAUUGCCAUGAAUCCACUCAGCAAACCAACCAAUUUUGUUUCCGAAUCUGGGAGUCCCAACAAAGUGCAGAAGCACAAGGUUCGAGGACGAUUCGCACCAGAUCGACGUAAGGAAGUUCGUGAGCUGCGUAAGGUCGGUGCUUGUAUGCGCUGUCGUAUGCUCAAGAAAGUCUGUUCACAAGAGACUCCUUGUCAAACUUGUGCGGCUGUCGAGUCUCCCCGUCUGUGGAGAAAUACUUGUGUUCGCGCCAAAUUGGUGGAGAUAUUCACACUCUAUUUCAUUGGUCUUCACGGGGCCAUUGCGUUCCAUCAAAUCAAUGACCUGAAGUCACGCUCAAACGUCGAAAUGCUUGAAGGCCAAAUCGAAGCUGCUCAUCUCAACCAGCAACCAAUUGUUUUCAAAGUUAUACAAUACACGUCACCUGGCCUCCUUAUUGAUGGAACACCAGAUCUGAGUUCUUCACAAACCGCUGUCACUAUUGACCUUGAGACCGAUAACGUACUACCCAAGAUAGAGCAAUACUUACAAUCGGUGAGCGCAUGGGUCAUUCAGCAAGAGCCAUGUCAAAUCAUGAGAGGUAGUCUUACUCAAGCUAUGUCUAUCAAAACAAGCGCACACAAUCAAUCUACCCAUGAUAAGCCAGACAACCUUCUGUCUGACAUGAUCGAAUUGUGGACGGCAACAGUCAUCCUGUCGGAUGACAAGCUCAAAUGGAACUUGUUCCAAACCACUGACAUCACCUCGGAACGCAGCCCCAUUCAGCAAGACGAUACCUCAUACCAUCUGAUCGAGUGCCAACUUCGAGCUGCUGUGGAGAAACGAGCCGGUCUUGUCUGCAGAGCAGCCAUGCAUCACUUCGAACAACGAAUGCUCUCCAGGCACAAGAGUAGCAUCUUUGAAACAUUUCUGGCAGGUUUCAUCCUACUCAACUGUGCAGAGCGCAUGUGUUGGUUGUAUCAGACGUGGGAAGUCGAGGAACCGAAGAAACCGGGCUGGCCUCUUGAUCUGCCCGCCCGCACCUAUGUGGAAAAGGGUCAACACCUGGCCAACACAGUCCACAUGGUACUGGAUCUCCGCCAGAUCGAACCCAAGAUUGCCAUUGACCUUCAAACGGGGACUGUCAUUCGACGGGAUCGUGACACUGAUGAUGUCGCGUUGGCAGAAUGGCUCUCUGCGGUCGGUCUCACCAAGGAGAUUUUGAUCCAAAAGGAAUCUGCCCACUUUGACCCAAACGACUGUCGGUCUCUUGACGGAAGCUUCACGACCCGCCUCUUGAUGGUUUGA